UAUAUAUAAUUGGUUUCUGCUGCUCACGCUCUCUCUCUCUCUUCCUUCCCCUGUCUCUCUCUAGAUUUCGAUCUGUCGCAAACAACUUUGUUAAUUUGGAAUUCGCAAUUUUCGCCAAUGACUAUGGAUCAAGCCGAGCUUUCCACCGAACAGGUUUUGAGGAGGGAUAUUCCGUGGGAAACUUAUAUGACUACGAAGCUGAUCACAGGGACAGGGCUUCAGCUGCUGCGGCGAUAUGAUAAGAAACCCGAGAAUUACAAGGCUCAGUUGCUGGAUGAUGAUGGUCCAGCUUAUGUACGUGUCUUUGUUAGCAUUUUGCGUGACAUAUUCAAGGAAGAAACAGUAGAGUAUGUUUUAGCAUUAAUUGAUGAAAUGCUGUCAGCAAACCCUAAACGAGCAAGAUUAUUCCAUGAUAAGUCUCUGAAAGAUGAGGACGUAUACGAGCCUUUCCUAAGAUUGCUUUGGAAAGGAAACUGGUUUACACAAGAGAAGAGCUGUAAGAUACUUUCUUUGAUCGUAAGUGGAAGGCCAAAAUCUCAGGAUGGUGCCGUUGCUAAUGGAGCAUCAAAUUCUAAGAAGGAGAUCACUACUAUUAAUGAUGUGUUGAAAGGGCUGGUUGAGUGGUUGUGCACACAGCUGAAGAAGCCAUCUCAUCCUAGCCGUGGUGUUCCAACAGCUAUUAAUUCCCUUGCAACUCUACUGAAAGAGCCUCUGGUGCGAUCUUCAUUUGUUCAAUCAGAUGGAGUGAAGUUGCUCAUUCCUCUAAUUUCUCCAGCAUCCACUCAACAGUCCAUCCAGCUCCUCUAUGAGACCUGUCUUUGUGUAUGGCUCCUCUCGUACUAUGAGCCUGCAAUUGAGUACUUGGCUACUUCUAGAUCCUUGCCACGGUUGAUUGAAGUUGUUAAAGGAUCCACGAAGGAGAAAGUUGUCCGGGUUGUUAUCUUGACUCUUAGGAAUUUGCUACACAAAGGGACAUUUGGUGCUCAGAUGGUAGACCUGGGAUUGCCACAGCUUGUUCAGAAUUUAAAAGCUCAGGCAUGGAGUGAUGAGGAUCUGCUGGAAUCUCUGAAUCAAUUGGAAGAAGGACUGAAAGUUAACAUCAAGAAACUAAGUUCUUUUGAGAAGUAUAAACAGGAAGUCCUCCUUGGACAUCUCGAUUGGUCACCCAUGCAUAAAGACCCUGUAUUCUGGCGGGAGAACAUCACGAACUUUGAAGAACAUGAUUUCCAGAUUCUAAGGGUCCUGAUCACAAUUUUGGACACGGCAAGUGAUCCUAGAACACUUGCUGUUGCCUGCUAUGAUAUCUCACAGUUCAUUCAGUACCAUCCUGCUGGGCGUAUCAUCGUGACUGACCUCAAAGCCAAGGAGCGGGUCAUGAAAUUGAUGAACCAUGAGAAUGCAGAGGUUACUAAAAAUGCCUUGCUCUGCAUCCAAAGGCUGUUCCUAGGUGCCAAAUAUGCAAGCUUUUUGCAGGCUUAAUAAUUGAUUGUAGAAAUUUAUCGGGCCAGGUUUUUCAGGUUUGAUUUAUGAGGAUUUUUCCGAACAAGUACUGCUUGGGUUGUGUGUAUUACUUAAUUUUUUCUGAUCGGAGCAUUGCACAUCUAGUGCUUAUUUCAACAGAUGUUCAUAAUGAUCGAUGUGUGAACAAUUACUUGUAUUUUGCCAUACACCAUCCAAUAAGUUGGCAGUGUUUGUAUUUUUAUGUUUGGCCUACCAUCACCGAUGUUAUUCUUUGGGCCAACAUUUGACCUGAAUAUUUCGAAUUUUAUUGUAUUGAGGGAAUUUUUACCCAAAUUUGGUUACAUGUUCCAUUUAAGGGAAAUGCCACAAGUUCUGUUA